CAGUAUAAUCAGUGAACUUAUCACUUUUGUUUUCCGUAUUGCUCAGUUCUGAAGAAAUUAAAACUUUUAAUUCAAUUUGCUCGUAUAAUCUUUAAUUAAUUUUAGAUAAUUUGAAGUUCUGAACCUUCACUUCACCACCAUCGAAGCAAAAUAUACUACAGCUACAAAAUAACGUGAUAAAAUAUCAAAAUGGAGUGGCUAUUCGGUCGUCGUAUGACUCCAGAAGAAAUGCUCAGGAAGAAUCAACGAGUGUUGAACAAAGCUAUGCGAGAUUUAGAUAGAGAAAAAGCUCAUAUGGGAGUACAAGAGAAAAAGUUGAUUCAGGAAAUCAAAAAAAUGGCCAAGGAUGGGCAAAUGGAUUCUGUGAGAAUUUUGGCGAAAGAUCUUGUGCGGACUCGCAGAUACCAGAAAAAGUUUACGCUUAUGAAGGCAAAUAUUCAAGGCGUUAGUUUGAAAAUACAAACCCUUCGAUCGCAAAAUGCGAUGGCGGGAGCUAUGCGCGGAGUUACCAGAGCUAUGCAAAAUAUGAAUAGGCAAAUGAAUUUACCUCAGAUUCAAAGAAUAUUACAAGAAUUUGAGAAGCAAAGUGAUGUAAUGGAUAUGAAAGAGGAAAUUAUGAACGACGCUAUUGAUGAAGCUAUGGGCGACGAAGGCGAUGAAGAAGAGAGCGAUCAAAUCGUUUCUCAAGUAUUGGACGAACUUGGUUUACAAUUAAACGAUCAAUUAUCUGGUUUAAAUCCGGCCUCUGCUUCGUUAUCCGUAUCUCAAAAAACAGCAGUUCCGACAGCAGGUGGUAGUGGAGGAGGGGGCGGUGCAUUAAGCGAUGCUGAUGCUGACUUGCAAGCACGUCUGGAUAAUCUUCGCAGAGAAUAACAAUGUGGAUUAUUCUCUAAAACUAAAAACAUACAAUAUACUUCAGAGACGUGCGUGAACACGUUCCGAUUUUUUUUUACCAACUUUGUAAUUUGUACUUUAUACUUCCAAAUUCAUUUCAAUUUUUAUGUUUUACUUUUUACUUUUAUUAUUUUCAUAAGCUCGGUUUUCUAAUGUUUUUAAUCCGUUCGAUUUCUAAAAGCAACGAAUUUUCGAAUUCAAUUUUAUUAAAAAAAUUUUUUAGUAACUUGGUGUUACGUUAUCUUGUUAUUUACGAAUGCAAUCUCUGUGAUAAUGUGUAUAAAUAAUUCAAGUGAAUGUUUCGAUGAACUUAGAUAUACAGUAUUUCUAUUCCA